GUUGCUCCUUAGUCCGAAAUUAGUUUUUAUAUAUUUUAUUUGCAAUGCAACGAUUUCUUAGUAUAUUUGGUGAACAGAAAUGCAAAAUUAUUGGCAUGAUACAUGUGGAUGCGCUGCCAGGCACGCCUCGCUAUGCCGGCAAUUGGCAACAGAGCAUUGAGAAGGCCAAGCACGAAGCGGAGCUGUACAAGAAACACAAAGUGGACGCUGUGAUCAUUGAGAAUAUGCACGAUAUACCCUAUGUGCAGGAUCGUCUGCUGGGCCCUGAGAUUGUGUCCUGCAUGACCCGACUGUCGCAGGCUGUGCGCAGCAUCAUGCCCCGCCAGACGCCCUGCGGCGUCCAGGUGGUUGCCUGCGGCAACAAACAGGCACUGGCCAUAGCCAAGGCCUGUCAGCUGCAGUUCAUACGCGCCGAGAGCUUCGUCUUUGGCCAUGUGGCCGAUGAGGGCUAUACGGACGCGUGUGCCGGUGAUCUGUUGCGCUAUCGCAAGCACAUCGAUGCACAGGAUGUCCUCGUCUUUACGGAUAUCAAAAAGAAGCACAGUUCGCAUGCAAUUACAGCGGAUUGCAGCCUGCUGGAAACGGCGCAGGCCGCAGAAUUCUUUCUGACCGACGGCAUCAUCGUUACGGGCGCGGCAACGGGCAAGGCGGCCAGUGAACAGGAUGUGCAGGAGCUGUCGGGCAAGCUGAAGGUGCCGCUCAUGAUAGGCUCCGGCGUGACCAAGGAGAACAUAAGUCAAUAUUACCCUGAUGCACAGGCGGUCAUCAUAGGCUCGCACUUCAAGCACGAUGGCAACUGGGAGCAGGACAUCGACGAGCAGGCGCUGCAGAGCUUUAUGCACAGGGUCUGUGCGCUGCGAGAGGCGACGUAAACGCAAUCCAUUUGUAUUGUAAAUGCUUUUAUUGUGUAUAUAAAUGAAUUGAAAUUGUGAUAUG